CCAGCUAACACGUAUACUCUAUUGCGCACAAAAUGCAUGCACACAUUUUAGUUCACAUGAAGAACAAAGUUCAGAGUUUGACCUGUCUGCGUGUCUCCGCAUGGGGAGGGUGGGGGCUUCGCUCGUCUGCCUGCAGGACAGACGGCUGUCUAUCACAGCUUCAACAAAGAGGAUUCAAAACGAGUCACCCGUCAGUCUGUUCUUCUUCUACCCCUGUACAGGACAAGAUGUCAAAGCGGGUCCAUGCCCGGAGGUUGGAAGGGGUAGACGAAAAUAUCUGGGUAGAGUUUGUCAGCCUUGCCGAGGAGUAUAAGACGGUGAACUUGGGACAGGGGUUCCCGGAUUUCUCUCCUCCGCAAUUUGCAAAGGAAGCUUUUGCUAAUGCCAUUACUGCUGAGCACUCCCCGCUGAACCAGUACACCCGAGCAUUUGGACACCCUCCUCUGGUGAAGGUCCUUGCCCGUCUGUUUGGGCAGCUGCUUGGCCAGGAUUUAGAUCCCAUUUCUAAUGUCCUGGUGUCCGUGGGUGCCUAUGGGGCAUUAUUCUGUACGUUCCAGGCCCUGGUGGAUGAAGGAGAUGAGGUUAUUAUCAUUGAACCAUUCUUUGACUGCUAUGAACCAAUGGUAAAAAUGGCUGGUGGAAAAUGUGUAUUCAUCCCUCUUAGGCCGGAGACGACUGACGCAGAGAAACCCCUUAGCAGUUCAAACUGGCGGCUGGAUCCCGAUGAGCUUGCAUCAAAGAUCAACCAACGUACCAAGGCUCUCGUGAUAAACACUCCUAACAACCCUCUGGGGAAGGUUUUCAGCAAGGAGGAGUUGGAGAGAAUUGCAGACAUUUGCGUGAAAUACGAUAUAUUAUGCUUCAGCGACGAGGUGUACGAAUGGUUGGUGUAUGAUGAUAAGCAACAUGUACGGAUCGCCAGUCUUCCCGGGAUGUGGGAACGCACCAUUACCAUUGGAAGUGCGGGCAAGACAUUCAGCGCCACUGGUUGGAAGGUUGGCUGGGCCUUGGGGCCUGAUCAUCUACUGAAGCAUUUGAGGACAGUCCAUCAGAACUCGGUGUAUCACUGUGCCACUGGAGCUCAGGAGGCCGUGGCUCAGGGUUUUCAGAGGGAAGUAGAGAGGCUGGGAAAACCUGACUGUUACUUCGUACAACUGCGGAACCAACUGCAGAAAAAGCGGGACCGUCUGCGCCGGAGCCUGAGCGAGGUGGGAAUGACGCCCAUAAACCCCGAGGGAUCUUAUUUCAUGGUCGCAGACAUUUCGUGCUUCAAAUCUGUGGUACCGCCUCCCGCAGAUCCCAACGUACCUUACGAUCACCACUUUGUAAAAUGGAUGAUGAAGAAUAAGAAAUUGGCAGCCAUACCAAUGUCCGCGUUCUUUAGUGUCCCCCAAAAGAAGAACUUUGAGAAUUUCAUCAGGUUUUGCUUCGUAAAGGAGGACGCUACUCUAGACGCAGCAGAGAAGAUCCUGCAGAAGUGGAGCGAAGAUAUGGGUGGGAUGCGUCCCAAAGCGGAGGUGCUGCAUGCACCACGUGUUUUAAACAUGGCGGAAAAGAGAGCUAGGCUGCAGCUGGACACAGACAAGAAGAUUGACUGGAGGAAACAGAAAGAGCAAAGAAAAGAACAAAGAAAAAAAUGGAGAGAGGAAAAGUUGCUAAAACAGUUGGAGAAAGCCCAGCAACAGCAAGAGAUGGAGAGACGGGAAAAGGAAAUGCGGAAGCCUGUGAAUGGACGCCGGCACACACUGAGCGUUGCUCUUCCUGGUUCCAUUAUGGAUAAUGCUCAGUCGCCAGAGUUGAGGACCUACCUGGCCGGACAGAUUGCGAGAGCUUGUGCCAUCUACUGUGUAGAUGAGAUUGUGAUAUUUGACGAGACCGGAGAAGGAUCAAAAAGUGUGGAAGGGAGCUUUGAAGGUGUUGGGAAGAAAGGACAAGGCUGUGUGCAAAUGGCAAGAAUACUGCAGUACCUAGAAUGUCCUCAAUACCUGAGAAAAUCAUUUUUCCCCAAGCAUCCUGACUUGCAGUUUGCCGGGCUCCUGAACCCACUGGACAGCCCUCAUCAUUUGAGGAUAGAUGAGGAGUCAGAGUAUCGGGAAGGGGUCGUGCUGGACAGACCGACCAAGCCUGAAAAGGGCUCUUUUGUUAACUGUGGCCUGCGCAAGGAGGUGCAGAUAGACAAACAGCUCCAGGCUGGGAUCAGAGUCACCGUGCAUCUACACCCCGAAAAAGAAGACAAAAGAGUAAGGAAAGGAAUUGUUGUCUCCCCGCAAACGCCAAGUACGGAGGGUGGUCUGUAUUGGGGGUACAGAGUGAGACUCGCAUCUUGUCUAAGUUCGGUUUUCUCUGAAUGCCCCUUUAAGGACGGCUAUGAUCUUUCCAUUGGAACUUCUGAGAGAGGAAGUAGUGUGGAAAGUGCGACUUUACCAGAGUUCAGACACGCACUGGUAGUGUUCGGUGGUCUGCAAGGACUGGAAGCCAGCGUUGAUAGUGACCAAAACUUGGAUGUCACAGAACCCAGUAUCCUGUUCAACCACUAUUUAAACACCUGUCCAGGGCAAGGCAGCCGGACCAUCAGGACAGAGGAAGCUAUUUUGAUUUCUCUGGCUGUACUGAAGCCCAGAAUAGAAGCCGCGGUCCAAAGUACCAAAGGAAGCUGAACAUUGCUGUCGAACCAAUCCCAGGACUCGAAACCUGUUAUGUCAUCGGGUAAUGAUGUCAUUCUGUGGACCAGAAGCUGUUCUAUUGAAGGUCUUCCACUCAUCUUUGCCAAGGACUUUUGUUUGUAAAGAGACAUCUUUCAUUGACUUUUUUCACCUUUUAUAUAACAGAUUUAUCACCAACAAAUGGAUUAAGUCAAUAUAAACCUUAAUCUGUCCAUGUCCCGCUUACUGCAUAAUUCUCGAUAUCCAAAUAAAAGGUAUUUGGGAAAGA